CACAGGCUGUGACCGCGGUGAUAUCGGUGACCGAGCGAGGGGAAAGUGGCUGUGGAGGUUUGCUGCCGCUCCGGGCCCGAAUUGCCGAUUAGAGGCGGGGCCGGCCGCCCGGAGCAGGCCGGGUCGGGAGUCAGAAUUGUUUGGAUUCAACACUGCGAUUCCCACCAUGGGUUUGUCUGCAUCUACCCCUGCUGUUGCAGUUCAGACCUCAAAUGCUUCAGCUCAUCAGACGGCAUCCCCACCUUCAGGAUGUCCAGUGCAUGAAAGGAAAAUGAAAGGCUGUCCAGUGAAUGCAAAGCCAUCUGACCCAACCCAUGAGAGCAAAACUGACUCUGUGCCUGCCCACCAAGAACGCGCCUACGAGUAUGUGCAGUGUCCCGUUACGGGUGCUGUGGCUGAGAACAAGGAGAACCUAGAUCCUUCUAAUCUGAUGCCACCAGCUAAUCAGACACCAGCCCCCGAUCAGCCAUUUCCUCUAUCUACUGUGAGAGAGGAAUCAUCCAUUCCACGAGCAGAUUCAGAGAAAAAGUGGGUUUAUCCUUCUGAACAGAUGUUCUGGAAUGCGAUGUUAAGGAAAGGGUGGAAGUGGAAGGAAGAGGAUAUUAGUCAGAAAGAUAUGUAUAAUAUCAUUAGAAUUCACAAUCAGAAUAAUGAGCAGGCUUGGCAGGAGAUUUUGAAGUGGGAAGCCCUUCAUGCUGCGGAGUGUCCUUGUGGUCCCUCCCUGAUCCGAUUCGGAGGUAAAGCGAAAGAGUAUUCACCGAGGGCAAGAAUUCGUUCCUGGAUGGGGUAUGAGUUGCCUUUCGACAGGCACGAUUGGAUCAUCAACCGCUGUGGGACAGAAGUCAGAUAUGUCAUUGACUACUACGAUGGUGGCGAAGUCAACCAGAACUACCAGUUCACCAUCCUGGAUGUCCGGCCCGCUUUGGAUUCGCUUUCAGCCGUGUGGGACAGAAUGAAGGUCGCCUGGUGGCGCUGGACUUCAUAACCACUGCUUUGUUAGAGAUGGGAAAAUAUAAACUAUUUUUUUCUGAGUGAUACAUUAAACUAUUUUCCCCAAACUGAAUUGCACUCAUGAUGUAAUGGGAAGAUCAUGUGGGUAAUGACAUCUUAUACUUCACUUAGCAAAGGAUGCGAUGCACUGUAUUCUUUUGAGUUCCGUUUUUACUUUGCAGUUUAUAGCAGAUCAUUUUAAUUCUCCUUCCCACUUAGCUCAAGUGAGAAGCAGUCCCUUAGUUUUUUAUUUAACUGCAGUAUUGCCCGUGCAUUUAAUCUAGAAAAGUCUGAACAGCCUCUGAACAAGAACUUUUCUUACAGUGUGAAGAGAACUGCUUUUUUUCUUGCUGUUUUUCUCAUGAAUACUUGAGAUGUAGACCCAAAAGCCCAUGAGAUGCUCACGAGCUUUUACCUGGGCAAACAUUUUAAAGAAAACUGUUCUCUACCAAUGAGUAGUUAUGCUUUUUAAAGUUACCAGCAUUUCAUUGACCCCUGAAGAAAAGACACAGGUAGAGAGUGGAAACGCACUCAGCAAAACUAAGGCAUGUCUUGGCUCUCCAAAUUCUCAUAGGACUUUUUCAGACUGGACCUUGUGAUAGAAUAGUUUCAACUCCCCCAUGAUCUGAUGAUGCUCGUGUGUUGGAAUAUAUGUUUCAACUUUUUAAAUAUUUUUAUUUUAAUUCCCGUUCUGUUCUGUAACUCUGCUCCCAACAAGCAGGUCUCAUUGUCCCUGGUGUUUGACAGGCUCUGUCACCUUUGAGUCCCAUUCCUUCUCCUGCCUGAAGCCUUCCCUGCAGUCGGCCUGAUCUGAAGGUCUGGCUCCAGUCACGGUGCUAGGGACGGUCCGUAUCUAAAACUCGAUUAUGUUGUGUUGAAUGUUAGAAUUCACAAGCAGAGUAUUUUUCCCAGUGUAGAAUGUUUGCAUCCACGCACUGCCACAGUGCAGACUUUUUUUAAGGGAGCUCUAUGUUUGCCAUUGAAAUUCUUUGUACUGGUAAUCCGUAAACUGGUUGUUCUACUUAUAGCAGCAUGUUACAAAUGACUGUUGGGUUGUUUGUUUUUAAGUGUUGAUAAUAGGAACUCUUCCAGUUUAUCCUAAAUACUGUAGUGUUAAAUGCGUAGAUGGAAUUGGCUGUCUGGAGUGAUUGACUUGGUAUGGAUUUCUUUGUUGUCAGUUUUGUGUGGCAUUUUAAUUCAACAACCUUAAACUCUUCUACAUUUCAAAAUAUUUGCAUAUUUUAAAAUAAAGCUGAUAGUUAACGGGUUUUGAAAAUC